AUGGCAUUCAUUCCAGAGAUUUCCGAACAUAACGAUGUGCUGAACCCCUCCGCUGCGCAACAUGGGCUGGGCAUCCCUCGCCCUCCUUCUGUUGGUGGAAUUUCAUCUCGAGUGACGGACAUGUCAGAUGAUGGAGAACAAUCGCAAUCCUAUACCGGAGCAUCGUCUCAUGCGCCUCGAUCGCAUCGGUCCGUCUCUAGACGGGGGCCACCCCCUGCAAGAAGUUCCAUCGUCACGGCCGCCAGUCAAGGGACGAACAGACCAGGAAGUUCUGGUAGCAGGCUGAGUCGGACCCAUAUUCCUUCAUUGACUGCUCAAGGAUUUUUCCGGCCCAUGUCUUCGCAGCGUCUCCAAGCCCAUCGAGGCCGUCCAGUUACGAAUAGAGCAAUGGAGUCGGAGGAUAAUUGGGACUAUACAAGCCAAAACAGGCAAAGUUUGGUUUCUAAUAGCACACUUCCCCAGAGUUCCAUUCCACAAGAGGAAGUCCCUCCAUCGCGUGGUACCGAAUUUACGGAUCCAAUACUUCCUGACCGAAACACCUCCAAUGCCAGUCCGACUGGUAACACCACCGCUAGAAGUUUAGGGGAGAGUGCCAAACUCCUGCAUGACCGAGAACAAAGACAUAAAAUAGUGCCACCACAUCUCAACCUGGCAGCAAACUACAAAAGCACAAACACCAAUGAAACUCCCCCAAGAUCCUCACUUUCGUUCCUGUCAUUGCAAAACAAAAACCUUGGCCAAGAACAUCGGGACAAUCGAGCUCAUGAGCGGCUUUCGUCAGCUGGCUCGUCUCCCGAAUCACUUGAAAAGCAGAACCGAACAGUGAACCAAGGAAAUCGGGGCAAGAACUACGAAUAUUUCACUGGGAAUACCUUCUUUUGCGGCGGGGGAAGGCUUCAAAAUGCUCGGGAUAAGCCCGUCAAUAUCGCGACUAGCGUCUUCGUGGUUUCACCCUCCGUUCUGUUCUUUGUGUUUUCAGCGCCUUGGCUUUGGCACCAUAUCUCACCGGCUAUCCCGAUUCUGUUUGCUUACCUAUUUUUCGUGUGCAUGUCGUCUUUCGUACAUGCUUCUGUAGUUGACCCAGGUAUUAUUCCGCGGAAUCUCCAGCCAAUGCCUCCACCAGAGUCGGAUGAUCCGUUAGCAAUAGGGCCACCGACCAACGAUUGGGUCAUGGUCAAGCUGGCAACAUCCGAAGUGGCAGCAAUGGAUGUGCCUGUAAAAUAUUGCAAAACAUGCAGUAUUUGGCGCCCACCUCGAUGCUAUCACUGUCGUGUAUGUGAUAACUGUGUUGAGACACUUGAUCACCACUGUGUCUGGCUCAAUAACUGCGUUGGUCGCCGCAACUAUCGAUACUUCUUUACCUUUGUGAGCUCGUCUACGCUGCUUGCUUUAUUCUUACUCGGUGCCAGUUUAGCACACGUCUUAGUCUAUCGGUCGCAAGAAGCGAUCUCGUUUGGGUCUACAAUCAAUAAGUUGAGAGUCCCAUUCGCAAUGGCCAUUUAUGGGGCGAUUGCUGUGCCGUAUCCGGCCUCUCUGUGGGCGUAUCAUUUCUUUCUAGUUGGCAGAGGCGAGACCACAAGAGAAUAUCUUAAUUCCCACAAGUUCGCCAAAGCUGAUCGGCAUCGUCCCUUCACCCAAGGAAAUAUAAUCCGCAAUUGGAUCUCGGUUUUUGCAAGACCACGUCCCCCGACAUAUAUGCAAUUUAAAAACCCUUAUAUGGAAGGUGACCAGCGUCUGAGCACGAUGAAGCGGAAAUAUCUUCCUCGAGAUGUUGAGGCUCAAUCUGGCAUAGAGAUGCAGCAUGUCAACCCGGAUCAACAGGAGACGUGA